CCGUCUGGACUCCACAGGCACUUGUGCUUGAGUUGGAAGCUGUUUGAAAACUAACAUGGUUUAAUCCACUAACUGCAUGUUGGGUAAAUUCAAAACCCACAUGGUCGUUCCCUUGCAGUCGAAUAAGUCGCAUCUGAUGGACAUUUUCUGUGCUUAUAGCAUAGUAAUGAAUGUCUGACAGGCGCGACCUUUCGUACGACAGCCCCCGUUAUUGGCUCGGUGCCCAGAAUAUUGCUGCAAUACUGUCUUGUGAUUGGUUAUCUCCCCUAUCAUGAAUUGCUUCAGAAGGGGAAAACAGACCCCUUUUUAAUAAAUCUGCGAUGGCUGGCUGCAAUAUGCUCCAACGUUGGUACUAAAGAAGUGCCUUUCCUGACGUCUCUGCUGCUUGGAACCGCUUCUAGAGCAGUCUCUGCUUUUUGCCUUGCUUGCUGCCAGCUAGACUGCGACGACAGCACAACCAGCCUUCCACCUCUAGCCCAGCCACCCCCCCUCCUCAUUUCUACUUAUAUGCCGAGAGAGAAAGCUCUAAGCAUCAGGCAUUUGCACCUAGGCUGCUUUAGUUUAUUCUCAUAGAAAUAAAAAAGUUUGCUGGAAAAGUGAGAUCUAUCUUCUGCCAGAAAAAAAAAUCAAAGAGAGGAGAAAUCAUUUCUCGAUUUGUUGCUCUAAACUGCUGCAUCUGUCUGUGCCAAACUAAUCAAUACUGAUUGCACCACACCAAAAAAAAAAUAUUGCAAAUUCAGCUGUGUGGAGAUUACGUUUCAGACAACUUUUCCUGAGAGCAGCUUGGAAAAUCGGUGUUGAAGGGGUCCGCCACAUUUUGUGUCUUGCAUUUUGGCACUCAGAAUGGGUUACUGAGAGCACAAGGCUAGUUCUAGGCCACAAUUUUAAAUGCUCAUUUUAUCUGUGAUCUUAGCAUUUCUUUAAGUACAACCCUCCCUCUCUUUUGAUUGACAGUUUCAUGCUGUGACUUAAUAGUGGGAAAUCUUUCCUUGCUGUUGUGAGAACACAAUUUUACAUCUUCUUUUAAACGCUGGGCUUGGGGCUUGGGGAAGUAUUUUGGAGGUGACAUUUUUCAUCAUUUCCCGUUUUAUCAGUUUGGCCUCUCUUUUUUUUGUCGUCGUUUGUUUCAUUGACAAUUUUAACUACCUGUAAAAUCUAAAAACAUGGCUGUAAGUGUCACACCAAUCCGGGACACAAAAUGGCUAACACUGGAAGUGUGUCGAGAGUUCCAAAGAGGGACUUGCUCAAGACCAGAUACGGAAUGUAAAUUUGCACAUCCAUCGAAAAGCUGCCAAGUUGAAAAUGGACGAGUAAUCGCCUGCUUUGAUUCAUUGAAAGGUCGAUGCUCAAGGGAGAACUGCAAAUAUCUUCACCCACCACCGCACUUAAAAACACAGUUGGAGAUCAAUGGACGCAAUAACCUGAUUCAGCAGAAGAACAUGGCCAUGCUGGCCCAGCAAAUGCAACUAGCCAAUGCCAUGAUGCCUGGUGCCCAAUUACAACCAGUGAACCAUAUGCCUCAGACAUUCCAAAAAAGAGGGGGGGAGGGAUCUCCAUAUUUCAUCGACACUGAUUCCAUUUAUCAAUACCAAACAGUAAAGCCAAUGUUUUCAGUUGCACCAAGCUUAGCCACCAAUGCUUCAACAGCCUUUAAUCCCUACUUGGGGCCUGUCUCCCCCGGCUUAGUUCCAACGGAGAUCCUGCCAACAGCACCCAUGCUAGUUGCAGGGAAUCCUGGCAUGCCAGUUCCUGCUGCCGCUGCUGCAGCAGCACAAAAGCUGAUGAGGACAGACAGACUCGAGGUGUGUCGAGAAUAUCAGCGUGGCAAUUGUAAUAGAGGAGAAAAUGAUUGCCGGUUCGCUCACCCUGCCGACAGUGCAAUGAUUGAUACCAACGACAACACAGUGACCGUCUGCAUGGAUUACAUCAAAGGGAGAUGCUCCAGGGAAAAGUGCAAAUAUUUCCACCCCCCUGCACACCUGCAAGCUAAGAUCAAAGCUGCCCAGUACCAGGUCAACCAAGCAGCAGCUGCUCAGGCAGCAGCUACUGCAGCCGCCAUGACUCAGUCGGCUGUCAAAUCACUGAAGCGACCCCUCGAGGCAACCUUUGACCUGGGAAUUCCUCAAGCUGUACUUCCCCCGUUACCAAAGAGGCCUGCGCUUGAAAAAACCAACGGUGCCACUGCAGUCUUUAAUGCUGGUAUCUUCCAAUACCAGCAGGCUCUUGCAAACAUGCAGUUGCAACAGCAUACAGCCUUCCUCCCACCAGGCUCAAUAUUGUGCAUGACACCCGCUACAAGUGUUGUUCCCAUGGUGCACGGCGCUACGCCAGCCACUGUGUCUGCAGCAACAACAUCUGCCACAAGCGUCCCCUUCGCUGCAACAGCCACAGCCAACCAGAUACCCAUAAUAUCUGCCGAACAUCUGACUAGCCACAAGUAUGUUACACAGAUGUAGACAUUUAAUCAUCAAACAAUCAUAUUAAAGAAAAGAGGACAGUGUGGUUGAGUGAAGAAACAGGACAGGUCAUUAGCCAUAAUGUAUAUAUCGUCAAAUAACGGCACCCAAAUUCCCUCAGCAGUAAGACAUCCACAUAUUGCAUGUUAACAAGAUGAAAUGACAACUUGGAAAUCCACUGCACACUGUUGCCUAUAUAAUUUGUACAUUGAACUGAUAUUUGUGCUGGGGUGAUCAUAUUGUCUAAAGACUACAGCACUGUCUAUCUUUUCUAGCACACAGGUAUGCAAUGCAUACAGAACUGAAGUAUGCAUUGGUAGAAUCUUUCCUACAUAAUCAUGUACGUCAUCUUGAAAAGACAGACUAUGAUGUAGCCAUAGAUCUAUUAUGUAUUGGUACGUCCGUAGACCAAGAUAUAAUUUUUAAGUAAGUUUAUUUCUUUCAAGGUUUACAAAUAACAAAAGGUGCACCUUGUAUUUAAAAAAAAUUGCCAUUAUAGAUGACAGCGUGCAUGCGCAGUAUAAUUUUUUUUCCUUUUUGUUCAAGAGUAAUAUUUUUAAAUGUAAUAGAUUGUAAGAAGUGGUAAAAGAGUUAUCUGACAGAGAUGAAUGUGCCAAGUAAAAAAAAAAAAAACCACAACUGUGUAUAUUUUUAAAGCACAUCAAUGGCUUUAAGUACCAUGUUGUUAAAGAUUCUCAUGAAGUGCCAUAGACUGUAAUCAAAGUAGAGUAUUAUUUCUGCAGUAUUACUUUAAGAGCCACACUUUUUUUUUUUGCUUAUUUUGCUAAUAGCCAAUCAGUCAAAGGGCACCCUUCUGUUCCAAACCAAAGCUGUCUCAGAAAUGGCCAUUUUACCUUAGUUAAUAGUAGACAGCACAAGGGGGGAGGGACUCUAGACAUACUGGUUAUUCUUACACAUACUGGAUAUAUAAAUCUAUAUAAAUUAUUAUAAUCCAUUGUAGUUGUAAUAGUUAUGCAGACUAUAAUACACAAUAUACUUUUUUUUAAAAAAGGGAAAAGCCAUUUCUGAGACACUGUUAGCAAAAUCUUUGAAGAAUUUAUUUUGCUUCAGUUUUCUAACCUCUGUCAAAAAGUCCAAGAGACUCUAAAUGCAUUGCAAGAGAAGGGUUUUCGCUUUCUGCUCAUAUGCAUCACUUCAAAGUCACACUU